AUGCGCAUCGUGGAGGUUAUCAUUGACGGUUUCAAAUCCUAUGCUGUGCGCACUGUGAUAUCAGGAUGGGACGAAUCCUUCAACUCGAUCACCGGCCUCAAUGGCUCUGGCAAAUCCAACAUCCUCGACAGCAUCUGUUUUGUUCUCGGAAUCACCAAUAUGAGCACUGUGCGCGCCCAGAAUCUGCAAGAUCUGAUCUACAAGCGCGGCCAAGCGGGAGUCACGAAAGCGAGCGUGACCAUAGUAUUUGAUAAUCGCGACAAGUCGAAAUCUCCAAUUGGAUUCGAGGAAUAUACUAGCAUAUCGGUGACAAGGCAGAUCGUGCUGGGUGGGACUAGCAAAUACCUCAUCAAUGGGCACCGCGCGCAACAGCAGACCGUGCAGAAUCUUUUUCAAAGCGUGCAACUGAAUAUCAAUAAUCCGAAUUUCUUGAUUAUGCAAGGGCGCAUUACGAAGGUGUUGAAUAUGAAGCCGGUGGAGAUUUUGUCGAUGAUUGAAGAGGCGGCCGGAACGCGAAUGUUUGAGGAUCGGAAGGAGAAAGCUGGAAAGACGAUGGCAAAGAAGGAGAUGAAGGUGCGCGAAAUCGAGGGACUGCUGAAGGAGGAAAUUGAGCCGAAACUUGAGAAAUUAAGGGGGGAGAAGAGAGCCUUCUUGGAUUUUCAGCAGACUCAAAGCGAUCUUGAGCGUCUUACUAGGCUUGUUGUUGCCCAUGACUAUUUGAGAAAUGGAGAGCGGUUACGCCUGGCUGGAGAAGAAUUUGACAACAAAAAGCGAAAGGUUACCGAGCUGGAGAAUAGCAUUGCGAGACUUAAGGGUGAAAUUUCUCAUCUAGAGGAAGAUGUGAAGAGGGUAAAAUCGCUUCGUGACAAGGAGCUUAGAAAAGGGGGCAAGUUCCAAGCGUUGGAGGACCAAGUUAAAACACACUCCCACGAAAUGGUGCGACUAGCCACACUAUUGGACUUGAAGACCUCGAGUAUGGCGGAAGAAGUAGAAAAGAGAGAAACCAUGCAGAAGGCAGUCACUGAGUUGCAAGGCCUACUGAAAGAGAAAAAGAAGAUUUAUGAUAAAUUGCAAACCAAGUACGAUACUGCAAAAGCUGAGCUGGAUAGCCAAACCGCCGAGGUUGAACAGAAAGAGGAAUUACUUCAAACACUACAGACAGGUGUUGCGUCCAAGGAAGGCCAGGAAAACGGUUACCAGGGCCAGCUUCAAGACGCGCGAAACCGACUUAGUUCCACGACCACCGAGCAAGAACAGGCGAAACUUAAAAUCUCUCAUUUUCAAAAGAUGAUUAAGGAAGAAGAACCCAGAGCGAGGAAGGCGAAGGAGCAGAAUUCGAACCUUUUGAGGGACCUUGAAGAACUUCGAAAGCAGGCUAAAAAGCUCGAGUCAGACCUUGCCAGGCAAGGAUUUGAACCGGGUAGGGAAGAGCAUAUGUAUCAGGAGGAAUCCAGAUUACAAAAAAGCAUCCGAGAGCUGCGGAGCCAAGCUGAUUCCAUGAGGCGAAAAGUUGCGAAUAUCGAUUUUAACUACUCGGAUCCUUAUCCAAAUUUCAACAGAUCGAAGGUUAAAGGGCUGGUCGCUCAGCUUUUCACUUUGGAUAAAGAUAAAACUCAGGCUGGAACUGCCCUUGAGAUCUGCGCCGGUGGACGCCUAUAUAACGUUGUCGUCGAUACUGCUGAGACCGGCACUGCCCUGUUGCAAAAUGGAAGACUUCGAAAGCGGGUUACAAUCAUCCCCUUGAACAAAAUUGCAUCGUUCAGGGCAUCCGCCGAGAGGAUUACGGCUGCCCAGAAUUUGGCUCCGGGGAAGGUGGAUCUGGCUUUGUCUUUGAUCGGAUAUGAUGAGGAGGUUGCUGCUGCGAUGCAAUAUGUCUUCGGAACCACCUUGGUCUGCCAGGAUGCUGACACCGCGAAGCGAGUUACGUUCGACCCUUCCGUGCGUAUGAAGAGUGUCACACUUGAAGGGGACGUGUAUGAUCCCUCAGGAACCUUAUCAGGAGGAAGCUCGCCAAACUCCAGCGGCGUCCUCGUUAUCCUUCAGCAACUAAAUGAAUUAAUGGGACAGCUGACCCAAAAUGAGCGAGCGCUCCGUCAACUACAAGAAACUAUGGCGAAGGAGAAGAAAAAGAUGGAUCUUGCCAGAGCUACUAAACAAGAGUUCGAUCUUAAGAUGCAUGAGAUUAAAUUGACCGAAGAGCAGAUAAACGGAAAUUCAUCUUCUUCUAUUAUCCAGGCUGUUGAAGAGAUGAAGGCAAAUAUCGAACAGCUUGAGAAGGACAUUGAGGAUGCUAGGAAGCGGCACGCGGAAGCCAGCAGCGAUAUUAGGCGGAUUGAAAAGGAUAUGAGAGAAUUUAGCAGCAACAAGGAUAACAAGCUGGCAGAAUUGCAAUCUUCACUGGAUUCGCUCAAGAAGGGACUUAGCAAAAACUCAAUUUCAGUCAAGACAUUGCAGAAAGAACUUCAGGCCUCGCGACUUGAUUCCGAACAAGCUGGAAGUGACCUAACUACAGCGGAAGAGCAGCGUGCUGAGGUCGACCAAACAAUAAAUGCUCAAAAGGAGGAAGUUGAGGCUUUGAAACGGGAGCAAGCAAAAUGCAAGAAAGCACACGAUCUUGCUCAAGCCCAACUAGAGGAUGAACAGGCCAAGCUUACAGGGUUUGACGACGAGCUUCGAGAUUUAGAGGAGGCAUCCAGAUCCAAGGCAGCACGAAUCACGGAAGAGGGCCUUGAAUUACAAAAGCUAGGCCACCAACUUGAGAAGUUCCAGAAGGAUCAGCAAAAUGCCGCACAGCUGGUAGCCAGUAUGGAAAGGGAACACGAGUGGAUCGCGGAGGAAAAGGACAGCUUUGGACGUUCCGGCACACCAUACGAUUUCAAGGGCCAAAACAUUGCUGAAUGCAAGGCGUCCCUUCGCAACCUAACAGAGAGAUUCCAAGGGAUGAGGAAGAAGAUCAAUCCCAAGGUCAUGAAUAUGAUCGAUAGUGUUGAGAAAAAAGAAGUCGCGUUGAAAAACAUGAUGAAGACUGUCAUUCGGGACAAAAAGAAGAUCGAGGAAACCAUCAUCAGCCUUGAUGAGUAUAAGAAAGAGGCGUUGCAGAAGACUUGGUCCAAGGUUAAUGGUGACUUUGGCCAGAUAUUCGCCGAGCUGCUUCCUGGUAGCUUUGCUAAGCUGGACCCCCCUGAGGGCAAGGAAAUAAGUGAUGGGCUGGAGGUUAAGGUUAGCUUGGGGAAAGUGUGGAAGCAGAGCUUGACUGAAUUAAGCGGUGGGCAACGGUCUCUUAUCGCGCUCUCUCUUAUCAUGGCUCUUCUCCAAUUCAAACCUGCACCCAUGUACAUCCUCGACGAAGUCGACGCUGCAUUGGACUUGUCGCAUACGCAAAAUAUUGGCCGCUUGAUCAAGACGCGGUUCAAGGGUUCUCAGUUUAUCGUGGUCAGCUUGAAGGAUGGCAUGUUCCAGAAUGCAAAUCGAAUCUUUAGAACGAGGUUCAGUGAGGGUACUAGUGUUGUUCAGGCGCUGACACCGGCAGAUUUAAAGUGA